AAUGUAUCCAAACAAUGCAAAUUUUUUUCUCCAUUAUAUUCCGUCGAUUCCCACCCAUCCAAACAAGAAAGAAAAAAACUCUCUCAACCUCUUCCCUUCCACAAAACACCCACUCAAAAGACCUCCCUGUCAAAACAGUCAUCUCUUUCUCUCUCUUCGCUUCAAGUGCUUGUUUUCGCAUGCAGUGAAGCUGCUUGAGAGAGAGAGAGAGAGAGAGAGAGAGAGAUAUGGUGAGUGUGCAGAGAAUUUUGGUGUGCAAUUACUUGCUAAUAUCAUUAGCUGUUGUUCUGGGGUUGCUCACAAAUGGUUCAUGGGCAGAAGAUAAGCUUGUGAAUCUGACGAGGUUGAAGAUGUUCGUGGAUGAGCUUCCUGAUAUGCCCAAAAUCAAGGCCUUCCAUCUUGUCAACGGUGUCCCCAAACCCAAGUCACUCAAGAUUGGCAUGUACAAGAUUAAAUGGAAAUUCCACAGAGACCUUCCCCCAACGCCAGUGUUCGCCUACGGCGCACGUUGGAGAACAGCAACAGUGCCUGGUCCAACAAUUGAGGCCCUCCACGGAAUUGAUACCUACGUGACGUGGAUGAAUCGCCUACCUUCAAAGCACAUUCUGCCUUGGGAUCCAACCAUUCCAACGGCCCGAGCUGCCACUAACAAGGGCGUUCCUACUGUGGUGCACGUUCACGGUGCCAUCGAUGAACCCGCGAGUGAUGGAAACGCAAACGCAUGGUUUACCGCUCGAUUUGAAGCCCGUGGCCCACUUUGGUCCAACCGUAAAUAUCACUACCGCAAUCAGCAGCAUCCUGGCAAUCUAUGGUACCAUGAUCAUGCCAUGGGCUUGACUCGAGUCAACCUCCUCGCUGGCUUGAUUGGGGCCUACGUUAUUCGCCAUCCUCAAGUUGAGGGCCCACUUGGUCUGCCCCGUGAUGAAUUCGAUCGUACGUUGAUCGUGUUCGAUCGUAGCUUUCGCACCGAUGGUUCCAUAUACAUGAAUUCCACGGGAAACAAUCCCUCCAUACACCCACAAUGGCAGCCCGAAUAUUUUGGUGACGCAAUUAUUGUGAAUGGGAAGGCAUGGCCCCGGCUUACGGUACGACGCCGUAAAUACAGGUUUCGAAUUAUCAACGCUAGCAAUGCGAGAUUCUUCAGGUUCUUCUUCACCAACGGUUUGAGAUUUACCCACGUGGGGUCUGAUUCUGCUUACCUUGGGGAACCGGUUGAGACCAAUGACAUUUUACUGGGGCCAUCUGAGAUCACAGACGUGGUGGUUGACUUUUCAAAGUCAAAGAACGAUAAUGCUAUCCUAGCCAAUGAUGCACCGUAUCCUUACCCGUCUGGUGACCCUGUCAACGACGCGAACAGUAAGGUCAUGAAGUUUUUUGUCGUUGGCCAAUCAGCUGUUGACACGUCGCGGAUUCCAAAGAGGUUAAUUUCCUACCCUGUCCCUGAUUUAUCUAGUGUGUCGCGCACCCGAUAUAUCGCUAUGUACGAAUACACGAGCGACAUUGAUGAGCCGACACAUCUUUAUUUGAACGGGAAACCAUAUGAGGCGCCGGUGACUGAGAUCGCAAAAGCAGGGACCAGCGAGGUGUGGAACGUGAUCAAUUUAACGGAGGACAAUCAUCCCUUACACAUCCACUUGGGACUGUUUGUUGUAUUGGAACAGAGGGAGUUGGUGGAUGUGGAGAAGUUCAAAGACUGUAUGAACAAAACAAACGACGCCGUCAACUGCAAUAUAAGUAAGUAUGCACGUGGCAAAAAGAUAGACGUGCCAGCGUACGAGAAGGGGUGGAAGAACGUGUUCAAGAUGAGCCCCGGGUCAGUGACCAAGAUUCUUUUGAGAUUUGCUUACCUACAUACAAAUGCAUCCUACGAAUUUGAUCCAACAGCGGAGCCUGGUUACGUGUACCACUGCCACAUCUUGGAUCAUGAGGACAAUGCGAUGAUGAGACCCUUAAAAGUCGUCCGUUGAUAAGGAGAAAAACUUUCCUAUUCCCGUUUUGUUGUUUCAUUUUCUCUAUCUUGCUCCUCGUGUUAUCUAUUAGACGAAGGGAGAAAUAGAGAGAGAGAUUGAAAUGGGAAUAUGAAAGUAUUUCUCGUUGAGAAGGCCCGCCAAAAUCCAUUACAUUGGGUACUUUUAUCAUGUUGGUAGGGUAGAAGAAUCAGUGAUUACAAGCAGUUCUUUAUCAUAGAAGGCUUUUGAAUAAUUAGCAACUUCCGCUGCAAGGCAAGGUGGUAUCUUUGUCCAUUGUCACACACAAAAAAGAAAAAAUAUAUAUAUAUAUAUCAAUUGUAGUCUGCCUAGUGCCUGAGAUAAGGUCUGGUCAACAAAGAUGUAAUCACAGUUUGCAAAUUGAUCAGAAGUUUGUUACUUUAAUUCGAAGGGAAUCAUUAUUGUUUCUACCAAAAUGAACAGCCCAUGAGGACCAAACACGUGGGCAAAAUUGAGCUCGACUAUGGUAGCCUUUGGUAUCCUGCCUAAUGAUUCAGCGAUUAGGGCAACUCCCCUUCUUCAGGACACGUGGCAGACCCACAAUCGACAUCUACAGUCCAACAUCGAAAUUCUAAACAAUGUGCAUACCUCCCAAGGCCGAUAAAAAAGGGCCACUAUCUCCAAACGGAGGCAAUCAGAACUUACGGCAUACUGCCUAUUAAUCUGUCAGUUUAAGCUUAUUAUAUCCGUACUUACUCAAGCAUCGGAGAGCCUUCGGCUAGUACCACACCGGUGUCCAAAGGUCUUAUCGAGCGUUUGUUGUCUUGCAGAUCACGUGCUCAACCAAGGCCCCAAACCAUACCGAAGGCCCAACAUCAUUAAGUUGAGCGGGAAAGAGGCCGAACCACUUUCUCUCGUCAACAAUUAUAAUAAUUAUUGUUAUUAUUUUCACCACAUCUAGCAACUUCACAAUUUCUGUUCUUCCCCCCUUUUGUAAGGCUCUUUUCUCGCAAUCAUAAAUCAUGUGUUGGCGACUCACUA